AUGGCAUCACUAGCCACAUCAUUGACAGCUAUAGAAGCUGAGUUCAAUAAUGAGCUCACAUAUGUUCAUGGCAUGGCUACUAGGUUAGCUAAUCGUCCUGCUUAUGAGAAAGAGGGGAUGCAGGUUUUAUCAAGAGAAGACACUAAGACCUUGAAUCUGUGUAAGAGCAUGAUGAGGAAAGGGGAAUGCCCUCCACUUAUGGUUGUUUUUGAUCAUGUAGAAGGAGUCGGGAAAAUGAUGAUGAAAUCACGAAUUCCAAUUCUGUUGGAAUGGAAUGACGAAUUCCAAUUCUAUUGGAAUCACAGAAGUUGA